AUGGCCACCUUUAAAGUCUCGCAGGAAGAUUUGUUCCUUCUGGAGCAUUGGCAAGAAGACUCCUCGCUAUCUACUGAUGCUCAACGGGAGGAAAUCUUCGCUAAAUAUGUGGCACUCGGACCGUAUCGAAUGCAGCAGGAAGGACUAAGGAAGCAAUCUGUACGAGAACUUCCACCACAUAGUCAAGACCUCUUGGAUCGUAUCCGCCUACCCACUGAGCGGAAUUUGAAAGGUGAUACUUGUUGGCUUCGUACCUACUAUGACCCUUCCUCAGAAGUCUCUUGGGCUCAGAUUCAAAAUUACAUUGAUUCCAUGAUUGUUAUCCCACCUAAAGUUUACAACGACUCAUCCUUGUACAACUUCGGUUCCAACUGGGAAAAGAUUUUCCUUCGUGCUCCACAGCUACUCGAUAGUGAUGAUUUGUUUGAAGAAUAUGAGGAAUAUAUUCAGGAGGCCCUGGAAGGGAGAAUUGAGCGUGAGAGUGGUGAUGCCCAGCGAGCCGAGGAAGACGGAUAUGACCCAGUGGAAGAUGAAAACCCUUGGAUAUGCUUUUUUGCGCAGUACCUCUUCCGACUAGUAAGAGGGCGCAUCUAUAUUGUUGAUGAAACAUCUUUUGCCACCGAAGGUCCCGACGCAGGAACCGUCCUCGUGGUGUGGUACGACGAGUGUGGACGGGAAAUCCGUUACUAUCGCGAGGAAGCGAUGCAAGCAGCGGAAAUGGCGAAUGUUGAUCUUUGCUAUAUCAACGAACAUGCGUGUUGGACGAAUGCAGAGAUUGGAGAAUCCUAUGAAUGGGGCGCACCCUUAGGGCCCCCCUACAGUAUGGUGGACCAGUAG